AUGUCCGAGAAGAAGCCACGAGGCUCCGACACUCGUCCCAAAUGUGGCCUCCGCAGCUGGAGCGCCGACAGCUACGUCUGGAGGGGGAAGAAACGCUCCCGGAGCUCCCGCAACGGCUCCAGUCCCGGCGGGACGGAGGCGGACGGGACAGAGGAGCUGGGCGUUCGGUCGACUUCCUGUCCGAGGCGGCGCAGGGAGCGGAAGUGUAGCUGCAGCGCCCUCGGAGACGCUCUGACGUCCGGAGACAUCGACGUGGUCUGCAGGAAGGCCUUGUCCAGACGGUCUCUGAGGCAGAAGUUCCAGGACGCCGUGGGCCAGUGUUUCCCUCUGCGCUCCCAUCACCACCACCACCACCACCCGCCGGGCUCCUCAAGGCCCUUCUCGGUGCUCUUCUGGUCCAAACGUAAGAUCCACGUCUCAGAGCUCAUGCAGGACAACUGUCCGUUCUCACCCAAGUCUGAACUGGCCCGAUGUUGGCACCUUAUAAAGAAUCACGCCUCCCACCCAAGUGCCCUCAAAGACAUGGAGGCUCCCCUGAAAGCCAGCGUCUCCUCGACUACCUCCCCGCCACAGACGCCUCUCUCCUGGGAGGACAUCUGCUGCUCCCCUGGGCCUGGAAGCACCAGUCUGGAGGACUGGAACCCUUCCUGCCCUCAUGGGGGAGCAGGAGGCAGCUGUGGCCACACGGACUACAUCCUGGUCCCGGACCUGCUGCAGAUCAACAACAGCCCCUGCUACUGGGGGGUGCUGAACCGAUUCGAGGCCGAGGAGCUGCUGGAGGGCCAGCCGGAGGGAACCUUCCUGCUCCGAGACUCUGCCCAGGACGAGUUCCUCUUCUCGGUCAGCUUCCGUCGCUACAGCCGCUCCCUGCACGCACGGAUCGAGCAGAACGGGAAGCGUUUCAGCUUCGACGUGAGGGACCCGUGCAUGUACCGGGACCCCAGUGUGACGGGGCUGCUGAGGCACUACAGCGACCCGGCCACCUGCCUCUUCUUCGAACCUCUGCUGUCCAGGCCGCUACCCAGGACCUUCCCGUUCUCCCUGCAGCACCUGUGCAGGGCGCUGAUCUGCAGCUGCACCACCUACCGGGGCGUAGACGACCUGCCGCUGCCUCCUCAGCUCAGGGAAUAUCUCAGACAGUAUCACAUCAAGUGUGACGGGGCCUGCGCUGUGUGA